GCUGAUCUGACUGAAUUCAAAAUGGACUAUAACUAUUUAGGCAGAACGGGGCUUCAAGUUUCUAACCUAUGCCUAGGUACCAUGACAUUUGGACAAAGCAGUUUUCAUGGUGGAUUGCCUGGUCAAUGUGACGAAGAAUUAUCUCAUCAAAUAUUAAAUCGUUAUGUUGAACUAGGUGGUAAUUUUAUAGAUACUGCUGAUAUAUAUUCACUCGGUAAUUCUGAGUCUAUUAUUGGCAACUGGCUAAAACAGCAACAGCGAGAUGAAUAUAUACUGGCAACUAAAGUGUUUUUCUGGCGAGUUAACCCGGACAUAAAUCGUCAAGGAUUGACAAGACGACAUAUUGUAAAAAGUAUAGAGGAAAGUUUAGAAAGAUUACAAACAGAUUAUGUUGAUUUGUACCAAAUGCAUUGUUGGGACAAUGCCACACCCAUUCGAGAAACUCUGUUGACGUUUAAUGACUUGAUACGCUGUGGUAAAAUACGUCAUGCAGGUUGUAGUAACGUUACAGGAUGGCAGUUACAACAAAUAGUUGAUUUAAACAGAGAACUUGGUCUGAAUCCAUUUAUUAGUCUUCAGCAACAAUACAGUCUGGCUACCAGACAUGAUGAGUUUGAAUCGUUUAAUGUGUGUAAAUUAAAUGGUAUUGCUGUCUUACCAUGGAGUGCCUUAAAAGGUGGGGCAUUAUCUGGUAAAUAUAAACGUGAAGAGAGGCCGGUAGCUGGAAGAAUUGGUUGGGUUGCACAAGAUGAAGCACAGAGAGGGAAUCAGACUUUUCCAUCUUGGGAUAAGUUAGAAGGCAGUGACAAAAUAUGGAACACCAUUGGGAAGUUGGAGGAGAUCAGUAAAAGUAAAGGUAAAUCGGUUGCCCAGGUAGCAAUAAGAUGGUUGUUACAGAGAGACGUUGUUUCGUCGGUGAUAAUUGGUGUCAGAAACCUUAAACAGUUAAACGACAAUGCCGUUGCCAGUUCCGGUUGGAAGCUGACCAGAGAAGAGAUGAAGGAAUUAAAUGAAGUUUCUAUGCCAGACAUUCCCUAUCCUUAUGAACAAAUAUGGCGGCAAAACGAUUACAAAAACAACAAAUAUCUACCGAGUUACUUUGUGGAUGAUGUCACUAAUUAGCAUAUUAAUAUCAAUAUGGAUUGUUUAUAAUAAUUAUUGCUAAUACAUUUUUCAUUUAUAG